GAGAGCACCGACGACAAUGACAACCACAGAGACGCAAACACAGCUGUCUGGGACCUUGAUUUUGGAUGAUCCAGAGACAGCUGAUGCUGAGACCCAAACAUUAGAGGACGAGAGCGACUUCAUUUGGACAGUUCAUGCCGAGACCCAAACAUUGGAUGAUCCAGAGACAGCUGAUGCUGAGACCCAAACAUUAGAGGACGAGAGCGACUUCAUUUCGACAGUUCAUACCGAGACCCAAAAGUUACAGGAGGGCGAUUUGAUGUUGGAUGGUGCAGGGAGUGAUGCCAAGUGCCCAGCAUCUCCUUUGCCUGCUUUGCCCAAGGUAGACCGUUGUGAGACGCUGCCUGAUGUGCAAGAAAUAGCGAUGGUGGCUUACGGGCACCGACUGCCGCCAGUGCCAUAUGCACGAGGAGCAGGAUGUCUGGGAGUUGUUUCUUGGGAUGCUGGUAGCUGUGCGCUUUCCGAGUCGUUUAAGGCCUUCCUCGAAAUCAAGAUUCUAGACCCAUGGACAGCUUUGACAAUUUUGGCCUCAACAGGACGAUUCCUGGCAGUUGUUGUGCCUCGUUUGGCCACCCGGUACCCACUACAGGUCCUCCAUGCAGCAGCAAUGAUGUUGUGCACUGAUUGGGAGUGUGAUGCUGAAUGUUUUUCGAAGCUUGAAAAGGCCCGUUUGUAUCACAAGCUCGGCUUACAUGGCAAGGGCUGUGACAGUGAAAUUCGAAGCGCCAGAGCAGAAUGCAUAGAAGUGCUGGGCAGUAGCUUUCCGGGGCCCUACACCAAGUAUGUGCUGUCCACCAUUGGCGUCGAUGGGAUUCUGAAGCUGAUGGAGGGAAAGCAGAACCGCCGCUGUGGAUUCAUGGCCUGCGUGGGCUAUGCCGACGCCCAAGGUGCAGUCCACAUCUUUGAGGAACCCACGCCAUACUUCGGCACCUUGAAGGAGUCGCUCCGGACCUCGCAGGACAGUGAUGGGCAGGAGAUUGGCCGGGCUUGGGGCGAUGAGGCCGGCAAGCUCUUCGAGGCGACGAGUUGUCAACGGCUGGCGACCGUACCAUGGGUGAGUUGGGAAGAAUGGUGA